AUGGCUACAGAGGCUGCUUUAGACGUUCCUUUACCUGUUUCCACACAAUCAGACUUGGAAUUUCAAAAAUUUACUACUUCAGACCAUGACAGGACCUCUUACUUGGGUCCGUUAUCUCCAAAUGUCGAUCUUCCUCAGACAUUAUCCAAACACUAUAUGAUAGAUGAUUUGGUUGAUUUUUUCAAGAGAAACCCUCAGUACAAGAGAAUUACUUUACAGUUCCCAGAUUUCUUAGUCAUGGACUCCUCCUUUGUCAUAAGAUUACUGCAGGACAGUUUCAAAGAUGACGAGCAAGAUAGACAGUUUUGGGUACUAGCCGAUACUGCUUACAGUUCGUGCUGUGUUGAUGAAGUCGCUGCAGAACAUGUCAAUGCUGAUAUGGUCGUGCAUUUCGGCGAUGCGUGUCUUAACGCCAUCCAAAAGUUACCGGUGGUUUAUACAUUUGGGAUACCAUUCUUACAAGUUGACGAUAUCAUGAAGACAUUCAUGGAAACUUUCAAAGAAAAAAAUGAAAAGAUAUGCAUCAUGGGGAAUGCACCUUUCACUUUUUAUAUUAGAACUAUUUUUGAGAAGUUACACGAAGAAGGCUACCAAAAUAUCAUUUAUGCCACAAUAAAUGAUAACUUAAUAAAUGAUAAUGUUACUAUUAUAGGAAAAGACAAAUUAAUCAACACCGAAGAUAACGUAACCUUUGAACUGGGAAAUAGGAAGCUUUACGCUAAGGACAACAUUAAACUAGAAGAAUCUGAUUUGCAAUGCGAUUAUUCAUUGUUCCACAUCUCAAUACCUCAGGAUCCUCGUUUAUUGUAUCUUACCACCAUGUUCAAGUCAUCACAUUUAUAUGAUACGCAGGACAACACAAUUACAACUGGUCCCUUCCCAUCACUGAUGAAACGUUACAAGUAUAUGCAUGUUGCGAGAACUGCAGGUUGUAUAGGUAUCUUAGUGAACACGCUUUCUUUAAGAAGUACAAAGGAGACAAUCAAUAGAUUAAUUCAAUUAAUCAAAGAUAAUGGGAAAAAACAUUAUUUAUUCGUUGUAGGGAAACCAAACGUUGCAAAACUUGCUAAUUUUGAUAGUGUUGAUAUUUGGUGCAUCUUAGGUUGCGGACAAAGCGGUAUCGUUCUUGACCAGUAUAACGAGUUUUAUAAACCAAUUGUUACACCUUACGAGUUAACCAUGGCUCUCAAGGCUGACGUUACAUGGACUGGUAAAUGGAUUGUCGAUUUUGAAACAGUUCUAAAUGAAAUCGAAGAGCAAGAUGAUGCUGAAGACAAUGACAAAGAUUCUAAUGAGGAAGAUGAUGGGGCUCCAGAGUUUGAUGCCGUUACUGGUAAUUAUGUCAGCAAUUCAAGACCGUUGAGGGCUCUACAGCACUUGGAGCUUGAAAGUCCAGCCGAUAGUAAGGACUUGAUUCGUACAGUUACAGGAGGUGCUGUCAUUAAGGGGACUGUUUCAACAGCAGCAGCUCGUUUACAAGAGAGACACUGGAAAGGGCUUGGUAGCGAUUUCAAUGCCGAUGUAGAUUAUGAAGAAGAUGGUGCUACUGUCGAAGAAGGUAUCACUGGUGUAGCUAGAGGAUACCAAUUUGAUGUUAAAGAUGCAACUGAGAAAAACUGA